AUGAGCGGUCUCGGAGCGUCCUGCAGUAGGAGCGUUACUUUUGCCACGGGGCGUUCUCUCUCUUCUUCUUUUCAACACAUUAAAGACAAAGAGGACUUUUGGGAGAAGAAUGUUUGGAAUGUUCCUCUUAUUAGGGGAAAUUGCGCGGACUACUGUUGUGACGACGAGAGGAAGAAGAGGAAGAAGAUUGGAGAUCUGAGCAGGACGAUGACGACAACAAAAAUCGCGAUGAGAGGGUUCGCGUCCUCGUCGUCGAAAUCUUAUUCCAAGGACGACGAGACUUCAAAUGUUCCCGAGACGGCGACGAUUUUGUCAACCAAUGUCACAAAAUCAAACGUGGAAACCAAAUCCAAGCGAAGAGCGUUUCGGAAAAAAGGCGUCUCGGACAAGACGUUUGAUUUAAACGACCAAGAGUUGUUCGAAGACGCACCUCCUACGGAGUUAAAACCGAACGUGCAAGUAGCGCAGUACGAAUCGAGAAACGACGAGCGGUCGUUGAAAGCGGUAUCGACGGCGAUUAGCGCGAAUACGGCUAUUUUGUUUUGUAAGUUGGGCGGGUACGCGGUUUCCGGGUCGCCGUCGAUGUUGGCAGAGAGCGUGCACUCGGUGGCGGAUAUCGCGAAUCAGGCGUUGUUGAGGUAUGGCAUUGUAUCGUCGAAGAGGAAACCGGACGCGACGCAUAAUUACGGAUAUCACCGGGAACGGUUCGUGUGGUCGUUGAUUUCCGCGACUGGGGUGUUUUUCUUGGGAUCCGGGUUGUCCAUAUCGCACGGCGUGAACGCGCUGACCGCAACCGGAGGGCCGCAAGCGGCGGAGAAACCCGAAAUUUCUUUGGCUAUUUUAGGUGCGAGUCUAGCGUUGGAAGCGUAUUCCGCAUACGUCGCGUACGACGCGUUGAAGCUAAACGCCAUGGACAGAGGGAUGACCGUCACGCAGUUUAUCAAAUCCGGGAGGGAUCCGACGUCGGUGUCCGUUUUAGCCGAAGAUGCCGCGGCGGUUGCCGGAUGCGCCGUCGCCGGCGCCGCGAUUCUUGCGGCUAAUAUUACCGGCAUUCACGCGUUCGAUGCCGCUGGUUCCAUCUGUAUUGGCGGUUUACUCGGCGUCACCGCGAUGUACUUGAUCAACUCCAACAGACUCAUGCUUCUGGGUAAAUCCUUGGGCCAAGACAAAAUGUCUCUCCUGAACGAAAAGAUGCGCAAAGACCCCGUCGUUUCCGAAGUCUACCUCGCCAAAUCCGAAGAACUCGGCCCGGGUACCUUUCGCUACGCCGCCGAACUCGAGUUCGACGGUACCGCCAUCGUCAACCGCUUCUUGGAUAAAGACAAUAACCGCGAGGCUUUUCGCGAGGAGUUCAAACGAGGCGUCUUGGAAAACGACUCCAAAGUCAUCGACGACGCUUUAGUCGGGUACGGGAGAAGAGUCAUAAUAUCCGUAGGCGACGAAGUCGAUCGCAUAGAGAGAGAAAUAGUCGAACUCGAGCCGACGAUUAAAUACGUCGAUUUAGAAACGAACUAG